AUGAUGGUUGUUGGGUGUUGGGUGUAUGAGCUCGCGUGUACGAGUCUUGGCGUGACAGGACGAUCCGCCGGGCUCUGCACAUGCCAGUGAUCCCGGGCCAAUCAAUCCGGGCAGAUCACCCUCGGGCAGAUCUCGCCUCGGGGAGAUGGACGGCGGGCGGCAGGCGGAUCUCUGAUCGCUGUAUCGCCGUAUCGCCGUCCUCGCCCAUGCUGCCCACACCGCCAUGAUCUGCAUGCGUGUGUGUGUGUGUGUAUGUGGAUUCGCGGAUCGCGGAAGGCAUGGAAGGUGGCGAAUGUGCAGAGUGCCCCCGAGCUGCCGCCGGAAGUGUGUGGAGACGGGAUCAGCAGCUUCUCGAAGCUGGGGCGAUGGGGCGACCGAAGAGAUUGCCUGUCCGUGUACAUGUCGCGCACGCCGAACGAACGCGGUGCUCCCCGCCCGAAAUUCUGGGAGGAGUGCGUACGGCGUAGUGCGUAUGCAGCGGGCUGAGCGGGGUGGAGAGACACAUGGCCGCGGGCACACUAGCGGCGGCGGGCGCCGGGCGUGGGCGGCAGGUCCAAGGCCUUACUUGGACAAGCACCGAAGGGAGAGGCGGAAGCAUAUUUUUGCUGCCCGCCUCGAGUCUUGGGUUGGGCCGCGCACCGGCAAGCACACCUGGGGCCAGCAUGGAAAGGGCAGGGAGUGCAACGUAACUUGUUCCCUGCGCAGCUCGAUGCUCCGAGAACAGUCUCGUCACUGCAUCGGAUAGGGAUGGGCAGCACGGGUGGGAGGGCAGUGGAUCCGUGGAGGUGGAUCAGUGAGGAUCAAGAGGCCAAGAGGCGCGAGUUGCACGAGUGGGCGCGAUUAGCAUCGAGGUGCACACGUGUUGCGCGCUUGAAGUGUAUCUGAGCAAGGUUUGCAACGACCACAGAGCGCGACGA